CUGCUUCCUCGGCACUUGCAUGACAAUGUUUUGUUGGGCCAAUGCUGCGGUGUAGCUAGCUGAGCACAAGUUCCGUAAAGCAACCAUACAGACCACUAUCGUUGUCUUCUUGUCUUAACUUGAGCAACCUCAGCAUGAUCUCAUCGUCACGAUCUGCACGUGGUCUUCUCGUCAUUGUCGGUGUGGUGAUCGUUUUCGGAACAACGGUCAUCGUACAAACACACAAGCUCGAGUUUCUGCGCCGCAGGACACUGAGAUCCGUAUUUUUGGGGCCCAGGGCGCCAUGGAAUCAUACCAGUACGGCUAAUAUCUCCGAAGGCAAGGCUUUCAAGAAAACGAUUGCUUGCGAGCUUCCAAUUCCUUCCAUAGACAAGACGGGACAACAGAAAUCUCCCCGUGACAGUGACGCCUCCACCUGCGUCUUGUUCUAUCCGGAGCGAUUCUUCAAUUCUGUUGGAUCCACUUAUAAGGAUCAGUACGAGAUAUCCAAACAAGUCAAGACAGAGCACCCCGUGAUUCACAUGACGUUCAAGAACGACACCUUCACUACGAUUGACAAGAACAAUGCAAUGAGCUCUCGGUAUCCAAGCUCGUUGACCUUUUUGCACAUUCGAAAGUGCGCGGGAACAACCAUGUUUCGUAGCCUUUCUGGCAAGAGUGUCCAAGUUCCCUACACGGUCAACAAGUACAAUCGUAACAUGAUCAAGGAUAUGGGCAUCAUCCGCGAUAUCCAUAUUCGGCAACAGCGACAAUCUGCUGAAGAUAGCAACCCGGAUGCCGUGGUCUUUUCCUUUGUUCGCGAUCCUGUGAUUCGUUUCCUAAGCUCCGUUGGCCAAAUCCGCCACAUGGGCAUGGGAAAAGUAAAGCUGUUCCGUAAAUGCCACAAUGUUCUUGCCCGGGAAGCAACUUUCGAGGAGCCGUCUUUAAAUGAUCGUCAGGACGAGCCCACCAAUGCGACAAUCGAAGCAAGUCGAGCCUUGGUCCAGUGUAUGCUGGACAGCAUCAAAGAUUCCAUCACCACCACAAGCACAACCAACACUAGUAGCCAUUACACAGCACACGAGCUUUCGUCGCCACCACCACCCGAGUACAACUACAUAGAACAACACAUGCUGCCACAAGCGUACGAGCUACGAGCUCGAUCAUUGGAACAUGACAUUUCCAUUCAUCUCAUGGGCAUGAAACAAAUUUCAUCCACACUCCAGACACUCGUGGGCAUUGGCAGCAAAAACCGACACGCAAGGUCCUCACGAGCAAAUGAUUAUACCCAUGGCUACUAUCUAUAUGCUUCCAUCUUGACAGAUGAAAUGAUUGCCGACAUUUGCCAGAUCUACGCGGUAGACGUCUUGCUGCUCAAGUCCACUGGCUUGGAUUCGACGCUGUGUGACAGGGUUCCUGGUGUCUUGCGCUAGCUAGGUACCACAGCGUGGGCAAAGAAUCGAAAUGAAAUGACAAGCGGGUCAGCGAUACCCUAGAGGUGCCCGGCCACCUUGAUUUGGUCAGUAACCGGCUUGGCAGCCUCCGUGGGAACCUUGUAUAGGACACUAUUGCUUUGUAGGAGACGUGAAAGCUCGUACGGUACGGUACCGCACUGGACUGUAUCGAAAGGUGGCACCAACACAGAUAAUGAAUCCAUCGGGGUUACAACAAGCAAAAUAUCGAAAGAAACAUCCAAGUCAAGAUCCUGUAGAAUUUAUUUCUGAAUGAAAACGUUUCAAACUAAUAUAGGUGUAGUAGCUUCAUGCUUCUUCUCAGAUGCGUACCAUUGUAGAGCACGGCGUGAAGGCAGAUGAAUAUUUGGUACCGUUGACUGCGCAGAAGCAUAUUACGCGGAAGCCAAAAGAGUCAAGUCAAGUCAAGUCAAUCCAAUGCCUUACUCAAAGUCGGGAAUGGCCGUUCCACUAAUGAUUCCUCGAAUGCGCGCAAAGGAAAGUCGUUUGUCGUGAUUGGUGUCGAGCUUUUGCAAAAUCCUCUCUUUGAGCGCCUCCUUUUCUGGUAGCCGCACAUCGCCCUUGAAGAUGCUGCCAGAUUUGUAAAAGGUAUCCAGGAGUUGGUCCAGCUCAUCCUCGUCCAAUAGCGAAUUGUUGUCCAAAUCAAAGCUGGCGAAUACGGCCCUUUGAAAGAACUCUUGUGAUCCCUCCGGAUCCAGCAUGUAGUGUUUGCGGAAUUUAUGAAAUUGUUCUUUGGUCAACUCUGCCUUGAGGGCUUCAUCGCCCUUGAGACCACUGGCUAGCUCCAUUGCGACUCGGGUUGCGGCGUCUUGACAAGACUCUUCGCUUCGGUCCAGGGUAACACUUAACAUGGCCCAUAAAUUGUGGUUGGAAGCAACAAACUCGGCAAUCUCAUCUUUGCAUGCUGUCCCGCUUUUGUCUUUAUCCAACUCAUGGAACUUCUUGUUGGAUUCCUUCCUGGCAUCCGACUUGAAGGCGCCCUUGACGCCGUUCGUUACUCCUUUUGCCGCAUCCAUUGGUUGCUGCUAUAUACUAAUAUUUCAAUGGAACAAUCCUGAAUAAAGGACAAAGUCAGUGACCUCGGUCGUCGCCGAACUGUCCCUGCCAGUAUGCAAUAGAGCAGCAGUGUGCCCACAAGCCCACAAGCAAGCAUUCGCUUGGUGGAGGCAGAAGGAUUGAGAAAGAUUGAAGAUCCUUGGGUGGGGCAAAUCCCAGCGAGAAUGACCUAUGAUGACAUCAUAGUAACGACUGAAUAACGUUGGAGAAGCCAUUGGAGCUAGCUAGUACCGGUAC